AGCGGGGACGACAUUCCACCUCCAUGCAACUGGUUUCAAUCACUUCUAAGCAAAUAAUUCAUUCGAGACACAACCGACCUGUUCAUCUUUAGAAAUAUUGGUUACACUGUAGCUUUUGUAACUAUCUCCGCCAGCUAAGACAACCAAAUCCAAGGAUGGUUUGGUCCCUCUCCCUUUCUGGUCUCGUCCAGAAGCCUUGCUGCUCACUCAUCUGGGUGUGUUCUUUUAGCGUUUGGCAUGCUCGGCUCCACCCUAUUUGUCAUGGGUUGGAGUGACUACCGGGUAGUAUUCUAGUCAUCGGGAUCCAGUGUGAUGAUUGCUAGGUGCGGCCUGGUUGUUUAGUUAAUGGUUGCUGCUUCAAAGUUUGGUCUUUUCCAAAUAAUAUCUCCUCUUUUACCAAGUGAAUGGCAUUGUUAGGCUUGGCAAGACAUUGAUCAUCUUAACACGUAUUUUCGUCGGUAAACUGCGGGACCUCAUCCGGUCGUUUGUAAUCUUUAUCGGGUAAGCAUGUCCAGGUCAGACUAUCCCCCCGGCUACGACCCCUCCCUCGCCCCGCUGUACGGGCCCCAGGGCGGCGGCGGCAGUGGCUACCCCCCUCCCCCGGCCUACGGUUUCCCAGGCUUCGGGGGGCCCCCCCAGGGCCACCCGUCUGCACCGUACGGCGCCGCCCCCAACGCCCCCCCCUACUCCGGGCAGCCCGGGGGCUACCCGACGGGGGGAUACCCGCCGGGGGGAUACCCGCCCGGUCCGAAAGCGGGGCAGCCUCAUCCCGGUGCUGGCUAUGGGUACCCCAACCAGCCACCCAUGCCUCCCAUGCCCCCCAUGAUGCCGCCCACGAUGCCCUCCGAUGUCUUCAGCUCAGAUGACGCAGAAGGGGAGGGGUUUGCUGCGAGGGACAGCGGUUGGGACAGCCUCACUGUUCGCCACGCCUUCAUCCGCAAGGUGUAUAUGAUACUGGCCUCCCAGCUGCUUCUCACCACGGCGAUCGUGGCUGUGUUCGUUUUCGUGGAACCGGUCAGGUUGUUUGUGCAACAAAACCCAGCCAUCUACUGGGCCUCAUUUGGCGUGUACUUUGUAACACACCUUGUUCUGGUCUGCUGCACAGGACCCAGGAGGAAAUUCCCAUGGAAUGUCAUCCUUUUGCUGAUAUUUACCCUGGCCCUGUCCUAUAUGACCGGGUCCAUAUCAAGUCACUAUGAUACCAAAUCAGUGUUCCUGGCAUUGGGCAUCACCGCUGUGGUUUGCAUUGUCGUUACAGUCUUCUGUUUCCAGACUAAGGUGGACUUCACCAAGUGCCAAGGUCUCUUCUGCGUGCUGGGGAUUGUGAUGCUCGUUACAGGCAUCAUCACCACCAUCGUGCUGUCCUUCAAAUAUAUGCCGUGGCUUCACAUGCUGUAUGCCGCUAUGGGGGCCAUUGUCUACACCCUGUUCCUGGCGUACCACACGCAGUUGCUGAUAGGCAACAGGAAGCACUCGAUCAGCCCGGAAGAGUACGUCUUCGGCGCCCUCUCCCUUUACGUCGACAUCGUCCAGAUCUUUCUCAUGCUCCUGCAGCUCAUUGGUGCCGCAAAAAGAUAGGCUCACACUGGAAACACAGCCUUAUAUGGCCAACAGGGGAAAGACAGCAUUUAAUGGUCGGCAGGAUGUGAGGAGGAUUGUUGUUUAAGACACAGAACAGCAAACAUUAUCCUGGUGCUUUUUCGCUCUAUUUAGUUGUAUUAAUAUAUAAGGAAUUUGUCUGACUUAAUCAGUUGUUCAAAAAGAAAAGGAUAAAUAACUGGCCUUUAAAUUACAUGGGAAUCAUUCCAUGUUGACAAACUGAACAAAGGGCUUGCUAGGGAGAAAGCCAAAAAGGGUCUUUGUAAAAGGAUGAUUUAUAUGUAUAAGCACAUAUAAUGCACUUUGAUGGAACAAAUCUAUAUUUGUGCCACAUACAACUUUAAAGGUGGUCACAAUUGUAACUCCAGUAUGUGUGUAUAAACUGACCUGUUCAAAUAGUUACUUAUCCUAUAUCCUUGCAUUAUCUUUACAUUAUUUCAACCAAGUCUGCUGCUGAAGUUUGAAAGUGGAUGAGAAAACGAAGUGUUUUGAAUGUUAAAUCAACUUUGAAUGUUAAAUGUGUGUGCCUGCAGGCUUAGCUUCAGUCUCUGUGUACCUCAUGAGAUGCCUUUUUAAUGAAUCGUUUCCUCUGCCUUCAUAGAUUGUCUUCCUGCUGUUCACUUUGUUAUUAUUUUGCCAAUCUGGGUAGCAGUUUGUAUAUCAUUGGUGCACUUUCACUUCAUCGUGCCCUCGCACCAAGUGAUAAGGGAUCACUCGUUGAGUGAUGUUAAACCAUUGAUGCCAGGAAGAAAAUACCCAUAACAUCAUGUUUACUUUGUUUAUGCUUCAAACCUAUUUUGCAGCUUAAAGACUAUAUACAUUUGAUCAGAAAGGUUAUGCUUCAGGUUAUGUUUAGGGAGGAAGGGCUUGGAAUGAAAUCACAUGUUUAGGUUUUAUAAAUCAAUAAAUAUUUUAUUUGCAAGAGGUACAGUGCGGCUGCUGCAUCACUUAAAUGUUGUAAGUUCUCAUAUUUUCAUUAAACACUUACAAUACAUGAUCAGAGUAUAUGGACAAAGGACUUUGCUUCUAUAUUUAUUUGAUUAAUGUCAUGACAUUAAAAAAAGAUUACUACCUCCCCCUCAGUCAGUCGUACUCGAGCCCAGUCACAUCGUCCAUGAAUCCACUGUUGAGGAGGCCGUCCGGAAUGAAAACGGAUUCAAUAACUGACGUGUAGCUCCCCCUGCACCUGAUUUUUGGUUCAACACCCUGGAAUGGGAAACCUAUCUUCUGCCAGCAGGGGAGAGCAACUUCAGGAAACAAAGUCCUAUCUGAGCACAACCACAUGCGUAUGGUCAUCACCAACAUUCCGGGGUGCACCGUUACCGGUUGAGUUCCAGACCCUCAUCACCGUGUCUCUGGUACCGGCUGCCCUCGUAGUCGCCCUCGUUGGACCUCUUCAUCCUCUGGCGGACCCUCAACUGCUUCAGGCGGUUCUUGUCCACCUCUCUCUUGGCCAGGACAAAGCCCAAGAUGCCACAAGGAAGGCCAAUCAUCCUAUAGCGUCGACAAGACGGGGGAAACAUGGUGUGUCAAAUUGUUCAUGUCUCGUCCUCGCCCCAAAACUCAAGUUGAAAAGCACAAGACAAAACCUGAAAAUGUUAAUCAUAUCCUGCCUGCCCAUGCUAACUAAUGGUGUUUCCUUAUAUUAGCUAAGCAAUAGAAAACGAAAAAUAAGAGGCUGCUACAAAAGAUAUCAUUACUUGGAAGUUAGGCCAGGGGAGAUCUCACCAUGCAUAACCGAUUUUCAUCAUGGGAUUCUUGGCCUUCCUCCUGGGAAUAUAUUCCGGACCGUCGUACAUUUCCUCAUCCUCCUUCGUGUUCUUGCCGUCUUUCGGCGUGUCUGUGGUCUGUUGUCCCUUACUGGUGCUGCAGAGUGCGGGUCCGUGGGUGAGGUGCAGCGGUCGGCACAGAGCUGCCUUCAUGUACACGGGCA